CAAAAAGAAGUAAAAAUUCACUGGGAUCACUUCAUCCUAUGUUCAUCCUCAGCUUCAACAUCUUGUUGCCAAGAUGACUCUCUUUGAUACUUUUUUGUUCUAUGUGAUACACUUUGUGGACAAGUUUGGUGCGUGGCAUAGGCUACCAGUGUUAAUAGGGCUGUGGUACAUGGGAAUUAGAAGGCACUUGCACCAACGUUACAACCUAAUGGAGGUGGGAUCAGGAAGCAAGAGCGGCAGUGCCACUGGUCGGACAUAUGAGACGAAAGUAUUCUGUUAUAGGACUGCCGAUGGAAAGUGCAACCAUCCUAGUAACCAUGUAAUUGGCAGCCGGGGAACCUUUUUCGGCCGCAACAUGCCUCCCUCUUCUUCAAACUAUGGGUUGAUGGAUCCUCACCCAUCAGUUGUAGCCACAAAGCUAUUGGCAAGGAAAAAAUUCAUAGAUACUGGGGAACAAUUCAACAUGAUAGCCACCUCUUGGAUUCAAUUCAUGAUCCAUGAUUGGAUCGAUCAUUUGUAGGACACUCAACAGGUAGAACUCAGGGCUCCACACGAAAUUGCAAGCGCUUGUCCUUUGCAGUCAUUCAAGUUCUUUAAGACCAAGAGGAUCUCCACAGGGGAACCUGAUAUGAAGUUUGGCUUUCUCAAUACAAGGACUCCUUGGUGGGAUGGAAGUGUAAUAUAUGGGAACAAUGAGGAAGGGAUGAGAAGAGUAAGAGCAUUCAAAGAAGGAAAGCUAAGAAUAGGAGGAGAUGGGCUGCUUGAGCAUGAUGAGAAAUGGAUUCCUAUUUCAGGUGAUGUAAGGAACUGCUGGGCUGGCUUUUCCCUCCUACAAGCCUUAUUCAUCCGAGAGCACAAUGCUGUCUGUGAUAUGCUCAAAGAACAUUACCCUGAUCUUGAUGAUGAGAAGCUCUAUCGAUAUGCCAGACUGGUGACCUCAGCUGUUAUUGCUAAAAUCCACACAAUCGAUUGGACAGUAGAGCUUGGGAUGAGGGUCAACUGGUAUGGUUUACUUGGGAAGAGAUUUAAGGAUUUGUUUGGGCAUAUUUGUGGACCAGUACUAAGUGGAUUGGUUGGUCUUAGGAAGCCUAAUGAUCAUGGAGUUCCAUACUCACUCACAGAAGAGUUUUCUAGUGUUUACAAAAUGCAUUCACUUCUACCUGACAAAGUAAUCCUUAGGGACAUCACCAACUCUGCUAAUCCAAACUAUGAAUGCCCUCCUGUAUCACAAGAGGUGCCUAUGACAGAAAUGACUGGAAAAGAAGGCGAAAGAAGAAUGUCAAAAAUUGGCAUGGAACAGAUGUUGGUAUCAAUGGGUCAUCAGGCAAGUGGUGCAGUCACUUUAUGGAACUAUCCAUCAUGGAUGAGGAACCUUAUUCCUCAUGACAUCAAUGGGGAAGAAGUUCCAGAUCCAGUUGAUAUGGCUGCUCUUGAAAUUUACAGAGGCAGGGAAAGGGGAGUUGCUCGAUACAAUGAGUUCCGAAGGAACUUGCUGAUGAUUCCGAUUAGCAAAUGGGAAGAUUUAACAGAUGAUUGUGAAGUCAUCGAAGCUCUCAUUGAGGUUUACGGCGAAGAUGUGGAGAAGCUGGACCUGCUUGUUGGCCUGCAAGCGGAGAAAAAGAUCAAGCGGUUCGCCAUCAGUGAGACUGCCUUCUUCAUCUUCCUACUCAUUGCAUCAAGGAGGCUGGAAGCUGAUCGGUUUUUCACCACGAACUUCAACCCCAAAACCUACACAGAGAAAGGGCUUGAAUGGGUUAACAAGACAGAGCCCUUGAAGGAUGUGAUAGAUCGACAUUUCCCUGAUAUGACAGCAAAAUGGAUGAGGUGUUCAAGUGCAUUCUCGGUAUGGAGUGCCCCACCUGACAAAACAAACUACAUCCCCCUAUAUCUCAGACCAGCCACUUGAUUACAUAUCUAUCCAUAUAUGUGUGGACAUAAUUUGUAGAAAUGUCCCAUAUAUCCACGUAUAAUAAUGUCAGCAAAUAAUACAUAUCCUUGUUGUAAACUUCCCUUACAUCAACUAGUAACAUCACCACUUAUACAACUAUUA